AUGGUCUUUGUCAACCAAGUGAGCGAGAUUGUGCACGGUAUUUGUGACACCUAUCAUGGCUCGCCAAACAAGAUCAUUGGUGGAAACUCCUUUCUGGUAGUGUGGCGCAUAAGGGAGACAGAUCAAGAGGUAAGGGCCAAGAUUGCCGACAUGGCAAUGAUGUCCUUUGUUUGCAUCACCAUCGAAGUGCAAAAGUCUAACACGCUUGCAGUCUACCGCUUUCAUCCUGGACUUCAGCAGCGUUUUCCAAAUUUCAGGGUGACGCUAGGUUUUGGAUUGCACUGCGGCUGGGCGAUUGAGGGUGCCAUUGGGAGCGAGUACAAGAUCGAUGCAUCAUAUUUGUCACCAAAUGUGAAUGUUGCUUCACAGCUCGAAGCUGCAUCCGAUCAAUUGGGCCUUUGGAUCCUUUUGUCGAAUUACAUGGUCAAGCUGUGCAGCGAUGAGUUGCUUUCGUACUUCCGCAUGGUGGACAAUGUCAUGCUCGAAGGCUCCAAGAAGACCUUGCGGCUCUACACCUUGGAUCUCGAUCAUAGUCGAGUCUCAGUGAAACCCAAACUUCGAGGCACCAAGAAGAAGGCCAGGCUAUGGACCUCAGACUUUGAUAUUGUGGAAAUCCUUUCAGAGCAUUCAGACUUUGUCGAGAUGCGUGAGCCGUAUUCAAAGGAGUUCUUUGAGCGGUUUGCAGUGGGUGUCCGCAACUACGAAGCUGGCGAGUGGUUGGUGGCUCGAGACCUUUUCCUCACCUGUCACUAUUCAGAGGUGGUUUGGUGCUUUAAAUGCUUCGUUCUCAAAGUAGAUUCUGCAGAUGGUUUGCGUGUUUCGGAUGGCUUCGGUGUUUCUGACCAGGAGCUGUGCAGGAACAGUCAUUCUCCAGAGCGACCAGUGGAUGGACCUGUUUUAGCUCUUUUGGAGUUCAUGGAGAGGAGCCUCGACACAUCUAUUUCACGGCAUUUUCCAAAAAGAGCACCAAAAAGUAGCGGCUGGAUUACUGGAUAG